AUGACAAAUAUUGCCGCUCAAGACGAGAAUUCGUCAGAUAUCAAGUUGCUAUCCAAGACUGAAACGAUGAUACCGGCCGUCGACGAUCAUCGGUCGAAUAUGCUGAAACCGUCGGUAAGCAGCGACGUCCUUAGUUCCCCGGCGAACAAGAGAUCUGUGUCUUUACCUAAUGUGGCCGUGCGUGAAAAUUCCUCGGGCGACGUUCCCAAAAUUGAAUUGUCGUUCGGUACGUCCGCGGAGCUGCCCGUUUCGACGGAUUCGUCAUCACGUGCCGAAUCGUCUGUCUCGGCAUUGAUGCCACCUGCCACUGCAGAAGAUGACUGCUGGAUCAAAACGCCGUUAUCAGUCUCGUCGCCGUUGUCACCGGUAGAAGCCGAAGUAUAA